GUUUCCAUCUGUCUAAUCACGUGGUAUUUACCGGCAUAUUGCAGUUGACAUCUCUCCAGUAAAUGGUAAACAUCAAGAUGAAAAUUCUGUGUUUUUUUGCCGUUCUCGGCUUUGCAUUUGCCGAACCAACAACUUAUUUUGAAGAGAAAUUUGAUGAAGGAUGGGAAGGCCGAUGGGUAGAGUCUACACACAAAGGCAGUGAAGCUGGAAAAUUUGUGUUGUCAGCUGGCAAAUUUUAUGGAGAUGCAGAAAAAGAUAAAGGUAUACAGACCAGCCAGGAUGCAAAGUUUUAUGCUUUGUCUGCAAAGUUUGACAAGUUUAGCAAUAAAGACAAAACCCUCGUCAUUCAGUUCACUGUAAAACAUGAGCAGAACAUUGACUGUGGUGGUGGAUAUGUCAAAGUUUUCCCAAGUGAUUUGGACCAGAAAGAUAUGCACGGAGACUCUCCAUACAAUAUUAUGUUUGGUCCAGACAUUUGUGGACCAGGUACCAAAAAGGUUCAUGUUAUCUUCAACUAUAAAGGAAAGAACCUUCUCACUAAGAAAGACAUCAGGUGCAAGGAUGAUGUAUUCACCCACUUGUACACAUUGAUUGUGAACCCAGACAACACAUACGAGGUCAAGAUCGAUAAUAAGAAAGUCGAGAGCGGCUCACUAGAGGACGACUGGGAUUUUCUCCCUCCCAAAAAGAUCAAGGAUCCUGAGGCUAAGAAACCAGAAGACUGGGAUGAUCGUGAGAAGAUCGAUGAUCCUGAAGACAGCAAACCAGAAGACUGGGAGAAGCCAGAGCACAUUCCCGACCCAGAUGCCAAGAAACCUGAUGACUGGGAUGAUGAAAUGGACGGAGAGUGGGAACCACCAAUGAUUGAUAACCCAGAAUACAAGGGUGAAUGGAAGCCAAAACAGAUUGAUAACCCAGCAUACAAAGGAAAAUGGAUUCACCCAGAAAUUGAUAACCCAGAAUAUGCAGCAGAUGAUGCAUUAUACAAAUAUGAUGAUAUUGGUGUUAUUGGUUUUGAUUUAUGGCAGGUCAAAUCUGGAACUAUUUUUGACAACGUCCUCAUCACAGAUGAUGCAGCUUAUGCAGAAAAAGUUGGCGAAGAGACAUGGGGUCAGACAAAAGAUGCUGAGAAAAAGAUGAAGGAUGAGCAAGAUGAAGAGGAAAAGAAACAGAGAGAUGAAGAAGAAGCAAAGAGAAAGGAAGAAGAAGGUGACAAAGAUGAUGAGGGAGAUGAAGAAGAGGAGGAGGAGGAGGAGGAGGAAGGACUCCAUGACGAGUUGUAACCACGCCCAUCAUUUUUAGACCAUGUCCAUCAUAGAAGCCAUUAUCCAGUCAUUGCUCACCACCCAUCUAUCAAAACUAAUCACAUGUGAGAGCGUGUAUUGAUUUGAUUGAAGCAUUUACUCAUGACAUUGUUUAAACCAUUCUUGCAUUCUCCGUUAAUAUUAGAGAAGUGCAUUUACAUUAAAAUUCUAAAACACUUACAAAGAAAUUAUAAGGAUGGUGUAUACUUGUAAAUCCAAAGUUGACUCGAUGUCUUACAUAAAGAAGAAUAUCUGAAGACACUUUAGAAACAUAUAACUUGGUCCUAAUAUUUUUUAGGAAUAUGUUAGAUAUGACAUUAAUUUGAAAAAUAGAUAUUUUCACUUGGAUAGUGAAUACCAUGUUUGGAUUUGUUUUUACUGUGAUAGUACAUCAGAAAUGUAGAACUCGCCAUAUUCUCGGGAAUUCUGUUCAAACAUAAACCAAAAAGUAUCCUGUAUGCUUGUGAAUACAAUGUACAUUUGUGUAUAUUUAUGUUUUGUACAGUUGUUAUGGAUGGAUUAGGGACUAAUUAAGUUAAAAUUAUGUUUAAUUGUUGUCAUGGUGACAACAAGCAAUGUUCAUGAUCAGUUCUGUUGCUCAAAAUGGCAUAGGUAAUGUUUAGUAAUAUUUUAUUUGAAUUUGUUAGUGAUAUUGUUCAUAUGGCAUCUUCAUGUGUAAAUGAAGUUUGAAUUUGUUAUGAAUGUGUUUUAUGUUGUUGCUUGUAGUUUUGUGUAAACAAAGGACUGAUCUGAAUAUUGCCAAAUGUUUUAACAAGUGUUUAUGCCGUUUAAGGGAUAUUGUUGGUAUUAUAACUUGAAUGGUAUAAAAGUUUUAUAUAAAA